AUGUCUCUCACUGGCGUGAAGAUGUCGGAGGAUGUGUGGCUGACUUGUCUCACCCACGCCUUGUCUACCGAGACCGAGGAGAUCAUGGGCCUUCUCCUCGGCGAUAUUGAGUACUUGAAAAAUGGCAGAGUGAACGCACUUAUUUGGGGAGCAUCACCUCAGUCACGGUCUGAUCGCCGAAAGGACAGGGUCGAGACCAAUCCGGAGCAGUUGGCUGCUGCGUCUGCCCAGGCUGAGAUAUCCUUAUCGUUAAUCUUAUUUUGUGACAUUUUCCUUGUGCUAAAUUUACUUGCUAUUAGUCUGCACAGGAUGACUGCAACGACAGGUAAAACAACAAGAGUGAUAGGGUGGUACCAUUCACAUCCUCAUAUUACAGUGCUUCCUUCUCAUGUUGAUGUGCGGACUCAGGCUAUGUAUCAACUUUUGGAUCCUGGAUUUAUUGGUUUAAUAUUUUCUUGUUUCAGUGAAGACACAAAUAAGGUUGGAAGAAUCCAGGUAAUUGCAUUCCAGUCAUCAGAUGGGAGGCAGAAUAAUAUAUCAGGGCCUAUACCGGUAUCAGUUGUAAAUAGAAGUUAUAUAGACGUUGAAUCAUCACUAAGCACCUCAGAAAACGCAUUAGUGAAAUCUGGGUCAGGUAGAGGUGACAGCCCUGAACAAGACACUGGUGAUUCCAAAUUAGUAGCAGCAUCCCUGAAGGGUACAGGAAGACCUUCCGAGUUGGGGGAUUUCUUUGCAAAUGCUGAUGCCAGUUAUUCUGGAGGUGGGAGUUCUAGAUCGAGUGGCCCCACAGCAAAUUUGGACAUUGCAGUUGUUGAUAUUGACCCCAUGGAUAUGUCAGAAGGGAUGCAAGAAGCUAUGCACCGCUCUAAUAUGGACAUGAGCGGCGCAGAGUAUAUAAGGAAAGAAAUUACUCUUCAAGUUUUACCCACUUGGUCUCUUCUCAAUCUCGAUUCACCUUUAACGUCCUUGACUGAUUUACAACGUGUAUUAUUUGAAGAGGAAAGAGGGGCUUAUAGUCAAGCCAUCACCCAGAACUUGAGGAAUGGAAAAGUACAUCCCCUCGCGUUCAUUCACCAAACCUCUACUUAUCAAGCUUCCCUUUGUAAAUUGAUCGAGUACUGCUUGAGUCCUGCAAUAAGUGCCCUCCAGGAUCGCUUACGAGAGAAUGAAGUUAGGCUGGCGUUGCUCGCUGAUGAGGCCAAGUUUCUGGAGAAAGAGAUGGCACAGAAUGGUGAGCCAGCCGGCAGCAGGUCACCUGUCCAAGUAUCAUCGCCUGGUGGCAGAGGAAGUGUGUCACCACAGCAGAAGAGCUUACAUGGUUCAUCUGGAUCCCAUGGUCAAAGAGCUUCAGCUGGAGUGGGUAAUCGACACUGA